AUGGAAGUCUACUUCGAUGAUAUGUUGGUCAAAGCUCCUCAGCAAGCAGAUCAGAUCAAAAACCAUGUCGAAGCCUUCAGCCUGCUCAGAAAAUACCAAAUGAAGUUGAAUCCAACUAAGUGUACAUUUGGAGUAUCAUCUGGCAGAUUCUUGGGGUACUUAGCCACUCAAAUGGGCAUCGAGGCCCACCCCAACCAAAUCAAGGUUAUUCUCAACAUAAAGUCACCUAUCACAGCAAAAGAAUCCAAAGCCUCAUGA